AUGGAGGUCUUGUAUGGAGGUCUCGUAUGGAGGUCUCGUAUGGAGGUCUCGUAUGGAGGUCUCAUAUGGAGGUCUCGUAUGGAGGUCUCGUAUGGAGGUCUCGUAUGGAGGUCUCGAAUGGAGGUCUCUUAUGGAGGUCUCAUAUGGAGGUCUCGUAUGGAGGUCUCGUAUGGAGGUCUCGAAUGGAGGUCUCUUAUGGAGGUCUCGUAUGGAGGUCUCGUAUGGAGGUCUCGUAUGGAGGUCUCGUAUGGAGGUCUCGUAUGGAGGUCUCGUAUGGAGGUCUCGUCGUUCUCGUGUGAAGAGCAGAGGAUCAGCUGCACAUGA